AUGACCGUCCCUAUGAAGGAUAAGAAGACUCAUGGAGUUAUUUCGCCAAGAUUUGUCUCUGCUGCAAGCAAACCCAAUCCUGAUGGGUCCUUUAGUUCGCCCAGUAUUCUUCAGGCACACAGCACACACAGCGGCGCUGGGAGCGGUGCGUCAAACGCCGAUUCUGCGGUGCCAAGAGCAUCUGUGAGUCCUGGAAGCUCGCAAACCAAGUCUAUCAUGAACGUAAGCGGCACUUCCGGUGCGGUGAUAAGCAAUAGUCCCGAACCAGGGCUCAAGAGGGUGGCUACAGUCACUUUUAGCGACUCAAAGUUUACGAGUGGGAAACAGGGAACCACAGAGCCAGAGGGUGAGCAAGUUGCGGGGAAGAGUACAUUGGCGGGUGAAUCAGGCGACAAGAGCGGUGGUGCUGGCGUUGGGCCUCAGAGCAUCACUGCUGAACGUCAUAAACCGGCGAAAUCUAGUCCUCUUCUGGCGACGAACAAGCAGGUUUCUCCUGCCAAGCCUAAAAGCUCUGAGACGAAGGCUACGUCGUUGGUUCCUGAGCAAAAGAAGAUCAACGGGUUGAUAGCUCAGGAGAUUUCAGGCGGUAAGCGGCCUCCUAUCAGUCCAAAAGUAGGCUCUGCGGAGGAGCCGUAUAAGGAAAACGAGGAUCACCCGCAUUUUUACGUUGAAGACCCCUUGCAUAUUCCUUCGACUAGGUCCAGAUCGAAUAGCACGAGCCCAAAGCCACCGCUGGGGCUUACAGGUACCGUCGGCGAACAAGAGGGACCCAGAGUUGUGAGACCUGUCGAGCCCACCACAUUGGAAGCUGUGCUUGAAGAAAAUACGGGACAGAAGAUAGCACCGAAUAUUCCCAAGAGAGAGAAUGUUAAGAACAUAGACGCUCGGCUUCCGCAAGAUGAUGGGAAAUUGCAUAUUCUUUUCGGGGCCACAGGCUCUCUGGCGGUUUUCAAGAUCAAGCUAAUGAUUAAGAAACUGGAAGAAAUUUAUGGCAGAGACAGGGUUAGCAUACAGGUGAUACUCACGCAGUCGGCGGAGCGGUUUUUCACAAAGAGAUACACUAAGAAAUACAGAGGUUUUGAUGGAGUGCAGCGGAUCGGUUCCGAAACAUCAGUUGACUCUCGUUUGAAUUCGGGUCUAGUACCUACUUCGUCGAAUCUUGGAAAUGGCCAACAAAGCACAUCCCAGCAAGCCCAGCAGUCCUCUCCGCAGGAUCAACAUCACAUCGCACAUCAAAGAAUAUCGAGCAACCCGUUGGUAGCUCCAGGAACUCCGACGCAGGGUGCCUGUUCAGCGGCAGCACAGGUUGAGUUGCCCCCUCAUAUCCAAGUCUGGGUAGAUAAAGACGAAUGGGACGUGUGGGAGCAACGAACAGACCCCGUGCUGCACAUCGAAUUGCGUCGUUGGGCGGACAUUCUUGUGGUCGCGCCAUUGACCGCCAACACGCUGUCCAAGAUUGCUCUAGGACUUUGUGAUAAUCUAUUGACUAGUGUUAUCAGAGCUUGGAAUCCCAUGUUCCCGAUUUUCCUGGCGCCCUCGAUGGUAAGCAGCACCUAUAACUCAACGAUGACCAAGAAACAGCUGAAAAUCAUCAAGGAGGACAUGCCAUGGAUUACCGUUUUCAAGCCUUCCGAAAAAGUCAUGGGUAUCCACGGUGACAUUGGCCUUGGUGGUAUGAUGGACGGCAACGAGAUCGUGGACAAAGUGGUGAUGAAGUUGGGGGGCUAUCCAAAGGACGAUAAAGAGGAAGAAGAAGAGGACGACGACGAAGAGGACGACGAGGAGGACGAGAGCCAAGAUGCCGAUAAGACCAAGGUCGAUGACCAAGACGAUGACGACGAAGAAGAUGACGAUGAUGAUGACGAUGACGAUGACGAUGAUGAUGACGACGAUGAUGAUGAAAACGAUCAAAAACAGGCAAGCACGACCUAG